AGCAGUCGCGCUCGGUGGCGUCGGAUAGCGAAGGUCGGGGCAGGCACGGCACGCGCGCGCGGCAGGCUGUGGCUCGCAUGUUUAGGAUGCCGGUGACGGCGGAUCGAAGGCUGUUUCUGGUUGGCGCACUAAUGACCCUCGCCUGCCACCGCGCGCGGACAGAGAACGCAGAAGAGGAGGUGAAGAAGGCGAUAUUGCGCGACUAUGACCGGACGAGUCGGCCGUUUCCCGUAUAUCCAUCGUCACCGGUUGUCACUUAUAUAACCGUCAUGCUGCGCAGCUUUGAAAUCGACGAAUUUCAUUUGAGCAGCACUAUCAACGCUUGGGUUGUAAUGAAUUGGCGUGACCCAAGGCUGGCGUGGCAGCCGAGCGACCACGGCGAUGUAUACGUCGUGAUGAUGACCAGCCAGCAGAUCUGGCUGCCCGACAUUGUGCUCAUCAAUGGGGUUUCGCACCUGGAGCCCACAUUCAUGCACGUGCCGGUGCCGGUGAGCAGUCACGGCUCGGUCGUCUGGGUCACGCCUUCCACGUUCCGCGUGCGCUGCCUCAAUGAGCUGGCCUCCUGGCCGUACGACCAGCAGAACUGUACGAUCAUCCUGUCCUCCUGGUCGCUCGACACGGACAGCCACCAGGUGGAGCCGGCGGCUUACGACGGGAAACUGGUGACGGCUGGCGAUAUGGUACAGACAGAGUCACACUGGAAGGUGGUGGACGUCAAGGGUUACUUGGUGAACGGCACUUACAGCGCAGCCGCUGACACGACAUGGCACGAGCUCUUCAUAGAGCUACACGUGGCCCGUGUGUCAAUGCUGUACGCCGUUUCAUUUAUCCUCCCUUGCGUUGCCCUGGCUAUCCACAUACUGGUCGUAUUCUGGCUACCACCCGACUCGUCUGCCAAGAUUAAGGUGUGCACCAUCCACUCAGUGGCACUGGUGUUUUUCCUGAUCAACCUCUUCUGGUUCAUGCCCCCUGUGGGUGGAAACACAGUGUCGUUCGCGGGCGGAAGUCUGUCGCUCAGCGUGGUCUCGUGUCUGGCGGCGGUGCUGGCGGCCAACCUGGUGACCAGGCUGCGCUUCCUCCGCCUGAUCGGCCUGCUCACGCGCGACGGCGACUACACCGAGGCGGCCAAGCGGCUCGAGGAGUUCAUGCGCAACGUAGACCGUCACGAGCCGCACAAUCCGCCCUUCCUGAUCGAGUGCGCCCGGCUGUUCUCGCGCACGUGCGGUCGUAACCCGGGCGUGCUCGACUUCACACUCUCGAUGGCCGAGAAGGCCGCCCAGCUGGACACGACCGCCGAGUUCCUGGUGGAGGUGGCCUACCAGCACCUGCUCAAGGACAAGACGCGUGAGGCCCUGAAGUUCUACAAGGCGGCCACCAAGGCGGACGAGUCCUCCAUGGAGGCCCUGGGCGGUAUCAUCACGUGCCAGCUGAUCGACGGCGACCACACGGUGGCGGCGCAGAGUCUCGAGUUCCUCAAGGAGACGCAGAAGACGCUGGGCUACUCGGCCGACAUCCUUCCUACCUGCCUGCUGAACGACGCCAUCGAGACGCAUUUCCGGAGCUUUCGCACGCUUUCGCUGAGUGUGCCGUACCUGAUCGCGCUGAACCCCGACUUCCUGGUGCUGGUGGUCAAGGACUGUCUGCACUACGCGCCGACCCAGCCGGUGGCGCUGGGCUCGGCCGUGCCGCCGGCGCUGAAGCGGGCCAUGACGGUGCUGGAGCCGGUGACUAAGGCCUGUCCAGGCCUGCUGGAGGCCCUCUAUCUGAUGGCCAAGGCCAAGUACCUGAGCGGCGAUGUCAAGUCUGCUGCCAGCACACUCAAACACUGCAUCGACGAUGUCGACCAAUCGUACGCCGACGCCCACCUGCUGAACGCCCAGAUCCAGCUGCACCAGGGCUUCUACAAGCAGGCCUCGCAGUCACUGGAGCUGGGGCUCAGCUACAAUUUCGAGAUCAAGGAUCAUCCGCUGUUCCACCUGAUCAAGGCGCGGAUCCAGAAGCGGGAGAACCAGGUGCAGGAGGCCAUCCAGACGCUGCACACGGCCGUCCAGCUGGCCGGCCUCACCUCCAAACUGGUCAAAGGCACCACCCCCAAGAGCAAGAUCGAGGUGAACGCCAACGACCAGGUGUCCAUUUACCUGGAGCUGGCCGACGCGUACAGGAUGGCCCAGCAGGACGCCGAUGCCAAACAAGUGAUGGAGGAGGCGACGCUCAUGUUCAAGGGCACGGGCGAGGAGGUGCGCAUCCUGGUGGCCAACGCCGACCUGCUGCUGGCGCGGAACGAGGUGAGCGGCGCGCUGGGCAGUCUGCGCGACAUCACGCCCGACCAGCCCUACUACCUGCAGUCGCGUCAGAAAAUGGCCGAAAUCUACUUCGAUUACCUGAAGGACCGGCGUAUGUACGCCGCCAUGUUCAAGGAGAUUGUGGACCAGAUACCGACGCCGGCCUCUUACCUGAUGCUGGGCGACGCCUACAUGACCAUCCUUGAGCCGGACAAGGCCAUCGAGGUGUACGAGUCGGCGCUGAAGCGGAACCCCCGCGACCACGACCUGGCGCUCAAGAUGGGACGCGCCCUCGUCAAGACGCACCACUACGGCAAGGCCAUCAACUACUACAAGGAGGCCAUCAAAGUCGGAGAGGAUGACAAUCUGAGGUUUGACAUGGCGGAGCUGCAGAUGAGGAUGCGCCAGUAUGACAAGGCCGAGAAGACGGUGCAGCAGGCUCUGGAGAAGAUCAAGGGCGAGGACGGCAGCAGCCUGGCUAGCAUGAUCAUGCAGGCGCAGCUGCUCAAACUGCUGGCCAAGAUCCACGACAGUGUGGGCGACAUCGACAAGUCCAUCGCGACGCUGCAGGCGGCCAACGAGCUGCAGGUGCGCGUGCUGAAGCGCGUCCAGAUGGAGCAGCCAGACUCCGUGGCCGAACACCGGGCCAGAGCCACCGAGAUCUGCUGCACCAUGUCGGAACGGUACCAGAGCCAGCGCAACUACGAGCAGGCCAUCAAGUACUACCGGGAGGCGCUGCAGCACCAGCCCGACGACGCCGGCGCGCUGCUGGCGCUGGCCCGGCUCUACAUGCAGACGGGCGACCUGGACCAGUGCCAGUACACGUGCAUGACGCUGCUGCGCCAGGACAAGGAGAAUGAUCUGGCCACCGUCAUGAUGGCCGACCUCAGCUUCCGCCGCAACGACUACGAGACGGCCAUGUUUCACUUCCAGGAGCUGCUCACGCGCCGGCCGGACUACUUUGCGGCGCUGGCGCGUCUGAUCGAGGUGAUGCGCCGCACCGGCCACCUUGAGAAGGUGCCCGACUACCUGGAGAAGGCCGAGAAGGCCAGCCAGCGCGGACCCAACGAGGCUGGCCUGGCAUUCUGCAAGGCGCUCUACGAGUGGUACUCGAGCAACCCGAACGGCGCUCUGAAGCACUUCAACCAGGCGCGGCGCGACACCGAGUGGGGACAGCGCGCCGUUUACCACAUGAUCAACAUUUGCCUGAACCCGGACAACAUGACAAUCGGCGGCGAGACGUUCGAGGCCAUGGAGGACCUGGCCGACUCGGACGUCAAGAGCUCCCAGGAGAUGGCGCUGCGCACGGCCGAGAAACUUCUGCAGGUGGGGGCGCUUGCCUGCCUCACCAACUUCCUGCUGAUGGCUUCCAAGAACAAGGGCAACAUCGAACGGGCGCUGCAGGAGUUCACCAACAUCGCCAGCUCCGAAAUGUACAAGGACCACGUGGGCGCCAUCUGCGGCAUGGCCACCGCCUACAUGCUCCUAAAACAGACGCCGCGGGCUCGUAACCAGCUGAAGCGGGUGGCCAAAAACCCGUGGAACUUUGAGGACGCCGAGUACCUGGAGCGCUGCUGGCUGCUGCUCGCUGACAUCUACAUCCAGUCGGGCAAAUACGAUCUGGCCCAGGACGUGAUCCAGCGCAUCCUGCAGAACAACCGGUCGUGUGGCAAGGCGCACGAGUACGCUGGCUUCAUCCACGAGAAGGAAAGCUCUUACAAGGACGCGGCCGAGAACUACGAGAUGUCGUGGCGCUUCAGCCGCCACAGCAAUCCGACCAUCGGAUUCAAGCUGGCCUUCAACUACCUGAAGGCGAAGCGGUAUGUAGACGCCAUAGACGUGUGUCACCAGGUGAUGGAGAAGUUCCCGGACUACCCCAAGAUCAAGAAGGACAUCCUGGACAAGGCGCGGUCGCAGCUGCGGGUGUAGAGCGGCGGCGGCCUCCUGGUCCGGUCUGGAGCGGCCGGCCUGGCGCCUCGCACAGCUCUGUGAUCCGGCCGGAGUCUCCGCGGCCUCGGGCGGUGCCAUGGCCGCGGGUGUAGAGCGGCGGCGGCCUGGUCCGGUCUGGAGCGGCCGGCCUGGCGCCUCGCACAGUUCUGUGAUCCGGCCGGCGUCUCCGCGGCCUCGGGCGGUGCCAUGGCCGCGGAGGCGGAGCGGCACGGCAGGAAACGAAUCCGUCCAUUUGGCUCAGUCACUCACGGUACAGCCCAGCGGGCACCGCAACCGGACGGCCCG